UCAGAUAUUUCUGUGGUGCUUAAACAGGUUUUAUAAACAAGAACCUGGUGCUGAUACCAGAUAUGGCUGAGAAUGCUGAUGAAGAUAGUUCCAGCGGCAUUGAUUUGAUUUGUGCCUUAUGUGAUAAUGGUGGUGAAAUCGCAAGCUGUGAAGGAAAGUGUCUGAGGUCGUUUCAUGCAACAAAAGAUGCUAGUGAAGACUGCAAAACGUUGGGCUAUACCAGGGACCAGUUUGAUGCGAUGAAAGUUUUUCUGUGCAAGAAUUGUGAACAUGAAAGAUAUCAAUGUUUUGCUUGUCAGAGGUUGGGUUCAGCUAAAACAGAUCCUCCUGAGGUAUUUCCUUGUGCAUCAGCAAGCUGUGGGCACUUUUAUCAUGCUAAAUGUGUUGCAGAGUUACUCUUCCCUGAAAAUGAAGGAAAAGCGACUGAGUACACGGCAAAGAUAAUCAAUGGGGCGAAAUUUGCAUGUCCAAUCCAUAGAUGUGAUGUUUGUAAAUAUGGUGAAAACAAGGAGGUUAUGGAGCUGCAGUUUGCUGUUUGCCGGCGGUGCCCGAAGUCGUAUCAUAGAAGAUGUUUGCCAAGGAAUAUUGCCUUUAAUGACAUAAUUGAGAAUGGUAUUUGCCUUCUCCAAAGGGCUUGGGAUGGUCUUCUGCCCAACAAUCGCAUCUUAAUAUACUGCCUAAAGCACAAUAUUGAUCCAAAACUCCGGACUGCUCCAACAGAUCAUAUUAAAUUUCCUGUUGAUCCUUCUAUCACUAGAAAAUCCUCCAAUGUGAAUGGAAUGAAAAGGGUCAAGAUACGACGCCUUGAGGACUGCCUCGUUGUCCAAUCGUCCAGUACCAAAAGACCGUUUGGUACAACGACUUGUUCCUCCUCCAUCAAUUUGAUUGCUACAAAAAAGAAGGUUCCUGUGUCUGGAGGUACAAAACUUUGUUCCGGUAGGCCUUUGUUCGGAGAAAAAGCAUUUACGCAGGUCAUCCCCAUUAGCUCGUUCCCUGAGGUUGACAUACACACCGCGACGAGGAUUUAUGAGUUUGCUCAGAAAGCAUCAUCAGAUAUAACUAUGAAGGAUGUACAGAAAAAGCUUGUGGUUUCAUCUACAUACACAUCAUUCAUGAAGAACACUGACAAAGUUACAUUGGGAAAGGUGGAAAGAUCUGUUGAGGCUGUUAAAACAGCUGUUCAUAUGUUAGAAAAUGGUGCAGCAAUAGAAGAUGCGAAAGCUUUUUGUGCACCAUAUGAACUGUUCCAAAUUUCAAAGUGGAAGAACAAGCUGAGCAUAUAUCUUGCCCCGUUUCUUCAUGGCAUGCGCUAUACAUCUUAUGGGCGUCAUUUCACAAAACUGGACAAGCUUGAGAAGAUUGUGGAUAAGCUACAGUGGUAUAUUCAAAGUGGCGAUACGGUCGUUGACUUCUGCUGUGGUUCAAAUGAUUUUAGCACAUUAUUGAAGGAGAAACUUGAAGAUUCUGGAAAGAAUUGCUUCUAUAAAAAUUAUGAUCUCAUCCAGCCAAAGAAUGAUUUCAAUUUUGAGAGACGAGAUUGGAUGACAGUUCAACCAGAUGAAUUGCCCGCUGGAUCGCGAUUGAUCAUGGGGCUGAAUCCUCCUUUUGGGUUUAGAGCUUCUCUUGCAAACCAAUUCAUCAACAAAGCUCUAAGUUUCAAGCCAAAACUGAUAAUUCUUAUUGUUCCCAAGGAAACUGAAAGGUUGGAUAAGAAAUACCCACCCUAUGAGCUAAUAUGGGAAGAUUGUAAUCAGCUCUCAGGAAAGUCAUUCUAUUUGCCUGGAUCGUUAGAUGCUGAUAACAAGCAGAUGGAUCAAUGGAAUCUAUCGCCUCCUCCUCUUUCUCUCUGGAGUCGUAGUGAUUAUGCUCAGAAACAUCACGAGAUUGCUAAAUCAAUGGGGCACCAAUGCAGCAGAAAACCGUGCUAUGGUGAUCCACAGAGGGACAUAGCAGGCAUUGCAUCUAUGAGCACCACCGGCGAUUUGGAAAUGGGCAAUGAAGGGGAGUCAUACAUCCAUGACGAAGAAAUGCAAGGAGAGGGACCAGCGAAAGCCUCUGUUAUUGACCAGUUGAUGAUCGAUACAUACCAUGAUACCACUAGUUCUCCAGGUGACUACUGGACAGAUACCAACGGCCGAUCAGGGCAACCUUGCAACUAUGAUGUCCCAGGAAGAAGUGACCCUCCAAUCCAUGAGUAUCUUGCAGAAAGGGCUACGGACUCUGACAUGAGCAUUUCGUUGUCAGGCUCUAGUGAUUCUGGAAGAGAAAACCAAACUGUGUCAACCUCGGACGAUGUGCCUACCAAUCCACGAGCCUGCCAUCAUAUUGGAAGUGUAUCUGCCGAGCAACCAAUUGACCCUGCCGAUAGUGAUGAGGUAUCAUCAGCUGAUGUCCAGCAUGAUGGGCUGGGAGAGGCAGAUUCUGCACCCCGAGAUCCAGCUGGACUUCAAUACCAAAUCCUGGAAGACUCACCACCCGAGGAGGGAGAGCUGACUGAUUCGCUGCCUGCAGAUAGACAUGCAGCUGGUGUGCCUCGGCUUAUCAUGUGUUGAAGUGGUAGAAAGAUAGUACUAACCAGCUGCCUAGGGGCCUCGGCUUAACUUACAGUGAGAGCUUGUUUUGGUGUAUGGCCAGCUUUAUUUAAAAUAUGCUGAGGUUGUGUGGAUACUAAUUAUGUACUGUCAUUGUGGCUGCAUGCUCUUCGGAGCCCCAAUUUUGCCAAGACCGUCUUUUCGUUUA